AUGGCCAUGGAUGAAGACUCAUCCUCCAAUGUCCGCCUUGAGGACUGCUACAUAGUCUCAGGCGAUGACUGCAUCGCCAUUAAAAGCGGUUGGGAUGAGUACGGGAUUGCAUUCAACAUGUCAAGCAAACACAUAGUGAUCAGACGGCUCACCUGCAUCUCCCCCACGAGCGCUGUCAUCGCCCUGGGAAGCGAGAUGUCAGGAGGAAUCCAAGAUGUCCGGGCCGAAGACAUCACGGCCAUCCACUCCGAAUCCGGCGUCAGGAUCAAGACGACCAUCGGAAGGGGAGCUUACGUGAAGGACAUAUUCGUGAGAAGAAUGAAUCUGCACACAAUGAAGUGGGUCUUCUGGAUGACGGGCACCUACGGGCAGCACCCGGACGACAAAUUUGAUCCGAAAGCCAUUCCGGUGGUGCAGAAUAUCAGUUACAGCAACGUGGUGGCCAAGAACGUGACCAUGGCCGCGAAGCUGGAGGGGAUUCCCGGCGCGCCCUUCACCGGAAUAUGCAUCUACAAUGUGACGGCGGAGGUGGUGAAGUCGAAGAAGCCGAUUUGGAACUGCACCGACGUGGAGGGCGUAUCGAGUCACGUGACGCCCACUCCCUGUGCGCAGAUUCCGGAAUAUCCAGAUCGUAUAACGCAUUGCCCCUUCCCUGAAGAUGAUCUACCUGUGAAUGGUGUUGGGCUAGAGGAGUGUGCUUAUCAGAGAGCCAAACCAUGA